CUUUACAUUAGUACUUGCUCCCCCAUCUCUGGUCAAGUAACAUGGGUGAAUAACCGAAUGUUACAGUAUACGGGCGAUUCAUUAAAAGAUCAUUUAGGCCCUAGAUGGCUUUCUCAUAUGCACCCUGAUGAUCAACCCGAAUGUAGAAAGGCAUGGGAAGUCGCUUUUGAGCAAGGAAAUGGGUUCGCUGGCGAGUACAGACUGAGACGAUUUGAUGGUGUCUAUCGCUGCUUUCUUUGGCGAAUUGUUCCUUUAAGAGACAUGAAGGGAAAGAUCAUUCAUUGGUUCGGCACAUGCACAGAUGUUCAUGAUCAGCAUCUGGCCAAGGAGAGCAAUAUGCGUCAGAUGGAGAUUGAAAGCAAUGAACGUAAAUAUAGACUUUUGGCAGAAGCCAUUCCACAGAUCGUCUUUACCUUCUCUCCGGGCGCUGGAUUGACGUAUACGAAUGGCAAGUGGAGUAGUUACUCUGGCAAAUCGUUUGAUCAGACCAUGGGCCUCGGCUUCAUGUCCUGUGUUCACCCUGAAGACAGAGCAAAACUGCAAUUACCCGACUUACCUACGCUACAACAGAGUAAAGCUGGUAUCAUGUGGCAAACAGAGAUUAGGCUAUUGAGUUACAAAGAAGAGUAUCGAUGGUUUUUGGUGAAGUGCGUCUCUGUAGACGAGCUGGACACGGGAGACGUCCGCUGGUUCGGUACCUGUACGGAUAUCAAUGACCAUAAACUUUUAGAACAAAAAUUAAAGGAGGCUCAUGAUGCAGCACAGAGAUCAACAGAAAGUAAAACAAGGUUCUUAUCCAACAUGUCGCAUGAGAUCAGAACCCCCUUGAUCGGUAUCACUGGUAUGCUCAACUUUUUGCUCGACACAGAGUUAACUGCAGAGCAAACGGAUUAUGUACAUACGAUUCAACAGUCUGCCGAAUCGCUCUUGGUAGUGAUCAAUGAUAUCUUGGAUCUUAGUAAGGUUGAAGCAGGCAUGAUGAAAUUAGAAUGGGAGCCGUUCAGUUUGGUGACCAUGAUCGAAGAUGCGAAUGAACUCAUGUCAACACUGGCUAUCCAGAAAAAUCUAGAGCUUAGCUUCUGGAUAGAUGAUGAUAUACCUGAUGUUAUUGUGGGUGAUCGAGUUCGAUUAAGACAGGUUCUUUUAAAUUUAAUUGGCAAUGCCAUCAAGUUUACUACAGAAGGAGAAGUGUAUACUAGAUGCGCUGUGAAUGAAUGGAAUAGAGAAGAGAAUGAACUUACUUUGCUAUUUGAAGUGAUUGAUACAGGCACUGGAUUUGAUGCUGAUGAUGAAUCGGUCAUGUUUAAACCAUUUUCACAAGUAGAUAGUUCUAGCACACGCAAGCAUGGAGGCAGUGGUCUUGGCCUCGUUAUUUCAAGACAGCUUAUUGAGUUACAUGGUGGUAAGAUGAGCUGUAAGAGCGAAAAGGGUAAAGGUUCUGUCUUUUACUUUACUGUCAAAUUCAAGAUUCCAACCUCCAAGACGAGACCACAACCGCACACGCCAAACAACGAAACGAAUUAUGACCCUUUCUUUAGAACGCAUGGGUACGGUAACGCAGCUAUGCUAAAGCACCAUCAAGAGAACGAUGAUUCUCCUAUUUUACAGGAUGUGCUCAUGUCCAAGACGUCAGCUAUGCAACUUAAGCCUCCACCUAUUCGAAAUCCUAUUGCUGCUGCUGCUGCUGCUGCUGCUGCAAGUAGUUCUAGUAAACCCAUAGCAGAGGCUAUCAUGAAAGCAUCGCCUCCCAAACAAGAACUAAUGACUCCUGUGAUCAAGCCUGAUAAGAUAUCAUCUGAGCUCCGUAUUCCAACGAUUGGAACAGGCUCUGGUCUAAACUCUCCCAAGAACGUUGUCAUCUUGCCUCCUCGCACGCCAACCAUUGCCUCACCCUUACGUGCGCUCAUUGUCUCGCAAUGGAAGCUGUCGGGACAGUCGAUGAUGAAGCAUGUCAGUUCAAUCUUAAGCAGCAUCGUCUCUCGACCAGACGGAAGUAAAGAUCAUCAUUACCAGAUUGAUAUAGCUCCCAGUCAGAUAGAAGCAAUGGAAAAACUAACUGACCCAGGCACACCUCCUUAUGACUAUAUCAUGAUCAACUUGUCUUCAGAACAGCAAAUACUGCUACUGACGAAGGCUAUCUGUGGAUCGUUAAACCAACAACAGGCGAAUGCACUUGUCGUUACCACGCCGAUACAAAGAUCUCAAAUUACAGAGAGCGCCAAAGGCAGAGAGGACGAGGUCAUUCCGAAAAAGUGUGGUUUUGUAUUCAAGCCCUUGAAACGGUCAAAGCUGCAGUGGUAUUUUGGCGUCAGGCAACAGAAUGAGAUGAAGCAAUCCAAUUCAAACACAACGACGUCUGCCGCUACUCAGAAGGAAAUAUUCAAACGUAUGAAUGAUGAUGUGGGAAGUAAAGGAUACAAGGUGCUGCUUGUUGAAGAUAACUUGGUGAAUCAAAAAGUAUUGACAAGAUAUUUGACAAGAGUGGGUCUAAGUGUUGAUAUCGCUGUACAUGGACAAGAAUGUAUAGACUUAUUUUUAAAGCACCCCAAGGGCUAUUACGAUCUCAUCCUCUGUGAUUUAUUUAUGCCUGUGAAAGAUGGGUACGAGACAGCAAAGGAAAUAAGAGAAUGGGAAAAACAGCAUUUGAAAAAGGACGAAGAGCCUAUUCCAAUUAUAGCAUUAUCAGCUAAUGUGAUGAGCGACGUGGCGGAUAAAUGUUUACAGUGUGGAUUUUCUACUUAUAUUUCAAAGCCUGUAAAUUUUGCUGUCUUGAGUGAUGUAAUCAGAAGUUUCCUAUUAGAUAAAUAA